CUGAGAGCCAACGACUUUGGGAACACGCUUUUAUGCCCUCGGGAGGGUCUUAAACGUCUUCGAGCAAUCUGGCAACCCGCCAUAAGUCAGUCGUCGGGACGCUGACACGCAUAACAUGCAGAAGACGGCGACGCAGAGCGCUAGAAGAUGUCCGUGGCUGUGAAAGAGAGGCGCGCGCGCCCGGCGGUCAGGAGGAAAGCGGCGAAAUGCAUGUGGGCGCUUUUCCCUCACGUCGUGCUCAUCCUCUCUCUCAUCGGAUACGCCGUGCUCGGUGCCGUGGUCUUCCAGGUGAUCGAGGGAAGACCGAGAAAUGACACGGACGAGUACCGAAAUUUCGUGCGCCAAGUCGUCGCGACCAUGCGCAACCACUCCGAUGAGUCUGAGGAGGUUCUCGUGGGUGCCAUAGAGCAGAAGAUCAGAGGGGGAUACCAAUCCGUGUGGUCUCAGAGUCAUAAAAACUGGAACUUUUAUGGCUCGCUCUUCUUCUGCUGCACCGUCUUCACCACUGUGGGUUAUGGAGAGAUCUACCCAGUGACUGGUCCUGGAAGAGCAGCGUGUAUCAUCUAUGCCAUGCUGGGAAUUCCACUCAUGCUUCUAGUCAUUUCAGAUGUUGGUGACAUUCUGGCAAGGCUCGUCACCAACUCUUACCAGAGGUUACACUCUUCCUGCAUACAUCUUCUCUCUCAGCUGAGGAACCUCUGCGGAGGCCAGGAAAGUGUCACAAUCCAUAACAGCAUCUACACCCCCAGUCAGGACACCGUGAUGAGUAAACCAAUGGACAUUCGCGAAGUGAUGUUCAGGCAGUCAAGUGUUAAGCAAAAGUCUACCCAGUUUCUCAAAAAUGUUGCAAUCUUUGAGAGGAUCAUUGCACGGGAGAAAUUUGGUCAGAACGGACCUCUGGCACGCACACGUUCUUGCCCCCAGCUCAAUCAGAUGCCACCAGUGCCUUUGGGCUUCAAGAUGUGGGAUUUUAAUAGCAUAGGUCAAGAGAUGGAAAGUUUGAAUGUGCCGUUCUUGCUGAUCCUGCUCCUUGUCUUUGCUUAUAUACUGAGUUGGGCACUGAUCCUGCCACUUUGGGAGACGGACUUAAACUGGUUUGAUGCGUUCUACUUCUGCUUCAUAACGCUUACAACUAUCGGUUUUGGUGACAUUGUGCCCAAGCACCCCAAGUUCUUCCUGCUCACCUUCCUCUUCAUCAUCACCGGCAUGGCCAUCAUGAGCAUGUCCUUCAAGCUGGGUCAGUCACGGAUCAUCAGCUGUUACCACCGCUGCAUCGGCUGCCUCAGCUGCCUCGGCGUGGGAAAGAAGAGCAAGUACAAGAUUCAGGACAAGUAUACAGGGCACUAUACUGAAACUAUCGAGGAUCCAUGAGUACAGUAGACAGAUAUGAUUGAAUUGAUUCCUUGAAGUUUCCUUUACUGUUUGCUAAUCUAAAUCAUCUUACUGAUUUUUGUCAGUGCUUUGGCUUCCAAAAGUUUCAAGGAAGGGUUUCGAUAGAUGGAUGAAUUAUAAGUAUUUAUGAUGCAUGAGCGUGGGUUAAAGUUCAGCUUUUCACAUUUCUCCCUUACCAAACAUUGGAGAUUAUUGGAGUACAAUUGAGAGCUGCGUAAUAGAUCUGAGUUAAAAUGACCAAAUUGGACUGGUUUGCAGCCCUGAAAGCCAUUAAUGUUAUUGGUGCAAGCUAAAUUUUUCCUUUUUUCUCUGUAGAGCAGCACCGAAAGAGCUUGCAAUUGUGAAUAUUCCAUUUUUAGGUUAGAGCCAGAACUGAUUUUAGUGUAAAAUGAUAUGAAACUAGUCUGUUUUAUCAUAAACACAGAGCCGAAACAGUAUUUUCCUGAGCUGGAGCAGACAAUCCCAUAUCUCACAGCCUAGAUGCAUAUCACGUCAAUUCCACAUAAAUAGCGAGUACUAAUUGAAUACAACCAAAUUGUAACAGUUUGUACUAACUGAAACGAACUUAAUUGUGGCCACGUAUCUUUAUUAAAUACUGUGAUGAUGAACAACAGUGUUUAAGACCAAACAUAAACAUUUUAAUGCACCUGAUGAUUUUCAUUUCCAUUGCUGGGAUCUUGAGAAAUCUGCCUUUUUCUGCAUAGUGUAGAAAUUGUAAGUACCAGGAUUGAGCCCUUGAAUAAAUCCCAAUAUGUCUGCACUGCAUGUUAUCAGACCUGGAGGUUACUUUGCAUGUGCUAAAUGAAUUCAAAUGGUUUACUGCUGGUUUAAUAAAUGAUGAUGGUUCUCCGAGACUGAGCGUACAUACUAUGUGUUACAAGUUUGGUAACCCUCAUAUCCAGAGACCUAGAUAAGAUGUCAUACAGUGAUGUAAAGAUAAUAUAAGAAACCUAGUGAUUUGGUAGCAUCUACUGUAAAAUCAAUCCAACCAUGACAAAUAGUUCUCUAGUUAAACAAGACAUUCCUGUACAGUAUUGUCGCAUAUUCGCCUUUGUAUUUCAAGCAAACCUACACAAUAAAGGAGUGCUGUUAUAACUGCUAUGGGUUGUUCAUCUUGAAAUCGGAAAGAAAGGUAAAGAAAUACUCUUCCUUGUGUGUGCUGACACAAAUAUGAUGACCUAUAUCACUGAUAGACCAUUGAUUAAUAAUAUUCCACGCAUAUGUUUGUGCUCAAAUGUUUGCAUACCAUGGGAGAAUUACCAUUCUUUAAAGAAAACCUGAGUGAGAAGGCAAAACAAAUUUAUUUUAUUGCUUAUAUGACUCAAGUUCAUAUGUAAGGCAUAACAGAAUUGCACAAUCAUCAAACAAACAAACAAUUUGCCUAUCUUUAGUUCUUAGUAUCAUGUAUUGCCCCCUUUUAGCAUCAAUGAUGGCAUGCAGUCUUCUGUAAUAAUUGUGCAUGAGGUCCUUGAUUCUCUCAAGUGGUAUAGCUGCCCAUUCUUCUCGGCAAAUUGCCUCCAGUUCCUGUACAUUUUUUGGUUGAGUUGCACAAAUUGCAUGUUUAUUUGAAUUGAGUGAAUGAUAUUGAGGUCAGGAGGCUGUGAUAUCCACUCCAGAACUUUCACCUCUUUUUUGCUGUAGCCAUUGAAGGGUCAACUUGGCCUUGUGCUGUGGAUCAUUGUCAUUUUAGGAUCAUUUAAGAGCGUCCCAUGCGCAGCGUUCAUGCUGUAGAAUGCAAAUUGUCUGCUAGUAUUUUCUGUUAACGUGCUGUAUUCAUCUCGCCAUCAAUUUUGGCUAACUUCCCUGUGCCACUGGAGCUCUCACAGCCCCAAAACAUAAAAGAUCCACCACCAUGCUUUACAGUGUGACUAGUAUGGUGUACUUUUCACCGUAGGCUGCUCUCCAGACAUAGAGCUUAUGGUUGUGGUUUGACUAGUUGCAGUCUGGUGUACUGGAAGCAGGCCUUUUUGUCGCAUGGGUGCAGUAAUGGCUUUUUCCUGGCAACUUGACCAUGCAGGUCAUUUGUGUUUAAGUACCUCCUUAUUGUGCAACAACACCACUUUUUUCCAGAGCAGCCUGCAUUUCUCUCGAAGUUGUUUGUGGGUUUUUCUUUGCAUCCCGAACAAUUCUUCUGGCAGUAAUGGGUGAAAUCUUUCUUGAUCUACCUGACCACGGCUUACUAUCAACAGAACCUCUUAUUUUCCACCUAUUUAUCCGAUUUUGAACAGUACUGACUGGCAUUAUCAAGUGUUGAGAUAUCUUUUUGUAUCCUUUUCCUGCUUUAUAAAGUUAAACUUAUUACACGGGUCCAUUGGCAGUUCUUUUGUCUUCCCCAUGGUGCAGUAUCCAGCUAAGUCACUAACUACAAUUGUCACAGGUGUGGAAACUUCCCUUUAAUAGCCAUUGAAACCUCUGUGUAUCAACCUGUGUGUUUAUAACGUGGCCAAACAUUCAAGGAAAUGUAAACUUUUGAUCAGGGUUGUUUGGGUGAGUUCAGUUAUCAUUAGGUUUUAAAAGGGAGUCAAACAACUAUGUGAUAAUUAAUGUCUUCACAUGAUAACUAUCCUUAUAUAAGAAAAAGAAUCUUUUGCAUUAUCAGUCAUAUUUUCCAUAUAAAUGGCAAUUCUUUCAGGGUAUGCAGAAUUUUGAGCACAACUGUACAUAGAUUACAAUUUCAUAUUUGAAACAGAAACAGCUCUUUCGAGGCCUCAAUAUAGUGCGUACUUACAGGAAGAAACUGGGAAUGUGAGCCAUUUUAUUCUGGAUACCAGCAACUAAAGUAGAUCGCUGAGCUAACAGAAUCAAUUACAAUGGGUGAUAUUGAAUUUCUUACAAAAUAAAAAAUGAGAGAACUUUGAAACAGGGGAUUUGGUUCAUCUGAAGCAUAAUAAACACCCUUAAGUAUAGUAAACAGUAGCUUUGGACAUGCUACAGUAUAUAUCCUUUACCCAAAGGAGGCCA